UGCUGUUUUAGUAAGCAGAGGGACCAAGAAGAGAACACUUGUAUACACAUGGGCCCCAUCUUUUGAUUUUUUAAGACAAGAGAAAAAAGACUCUUCUUCAGCAAGGUCUCAUAUAUGCCAGGAUGGCCUCAAACUCACUGUGUAACCUAAAAUGAUCUGGAACUUCUGAUUCUCCUGCUCCCACUUCUCCAGGGCCACUGCACUGUUUAUACAACCCUGGGGACUGAACUCAGGGUUCCCUGCAUGUUAGACAUUCUACUAAGCCACAUCCUCAGCCACCAACUCCCCAACUUCACUGCUUUUUAAACAUGCAUACAAUUGUAACUUGCCCUAGAGCAGUCUCCUGUGGUCUCUUAUUCUCAAGGAUGUGGCAUUCUAACACUGUUAGAAAAACACCAUCAGGAUUCUUUUGUGUUCCCUAGAUGGCAAGCAUUUUUUGUAGGGCAAAGUUGAGUUUUCUGAUCAAGAACAUGGUGAUGGGGGGUUGGAGAGAUGGCUCAGUGGUUAAGAGCAAUGACUGCUCUUCCAGAGGUCCUGAGUUCAAAUCCUGGCAACCACAUGGUGGCUCACAACCAUCUGUAAUGAGAUCUGAUGCCUUCUUCUGGUGUGUCUGAAGAUAGCUACAGUAUACUUAUAAUAAAUAAAUAAGUAAAUGAAUAAAUAAAUAAUUAAGUCUAAAAAAAAAAAGAACAUGGUGAUGAAGAAGUCUCUUCAGGCUACCUCCUUGGCUACGGAGUAGCUCCAAAAGAGAGCCACACAUCAGGCCAGUUGUAGGCAUGACAUCAUUCGUUUUCAUUUUUCAAUUUUGGUACUUACUGGAAGGGAAGAAAAGAUAAGCAAGCCUCUUUACAUAAUAUUCCAUAGUCUAAAUUUAGGGUGGUGUUUGAAAAGUGUCUUCUCUUUCCUCCUUUAAAUCUGAGUUUAAGAUUCUUGAUUUCCUGUUUGAAGAUACGAAGAAAUCAUUUCCUAACUAAAACACUGCCUUGGGCAAAUAUACUUUUGCCAGUCACUCUGUGUUUCUGCCUGUGUCCAGAAUGGAAUUUAAGCUUUCUCGGCUUGGCUGCUAGUGAAGGUUCUCUGCUUUUUUCUGUUGCAUAUGAAAUAAGGGGAGGGCGGUUCAUCUCGCUGUGUUCUGUUAGCCACACCCCUCAAGCAGAGAAUCCUUUCACACAGCUGUGGCGGGUUCUCGGAACAGGCCUGGACAAGUCACCUCCCCCUAGAGUUCUCUCUACCUUUGAGUCGCCCUCAUGUUACUCAGAACUCUCACUCGUCUUAGACAGAGCUACUGGGGAGUUUUUACCUCAGAGCAUGCAACUCAACAGACUCUUACUAGUUUCUUUUUCAGGUUGUGAAACUCAGCCUUCAAAGGCUCAAGACCUCGGUUCCAUCUCUGUGAACCAAUAGGAUUGUCUUUAGCAUCUGCUUGGUGUAGACCAUCCAGUUUUCUCUACGGCUCUGUUUCGUGAUUUUUGUGAGCCUCGGAGGUGCCUAAGCUCCCUUGGCUCUAGAUUCCUGGCUUUCCCCAUCUAUCGAGAGCAUCUGAAGCCAUGGCUUACAGUUGCCAGCUGAUGCAGGAAUCACCACUCCUCGGGUUUCCACGUCUCAGGUUCAUUCAUCUCUUUGUGCUGCUGCUGGUUGGUCUUUUCCAGAUAUCUUCAGGUAUUGUCGGCCAAGUGUCCAAGUCGGUGAGAGAAAAGGCAUUGCUGUCCUGUGAUUACAAAUUUUGUUCUGAAGAGCAGUCCAUACACCGAAUCUACUGGCAAAAACAUGACAAAAUGGUGCUCUCUGUCAUCUCCGGGGUACCGGAAGUGUGGCCCGAGUACAAGAACCGGACUGUAUACGACAUCGCUAACAACUACUCCUUUAGCCUCCUGGGCCUGAUCCUUUCAGACAGGGGCACAUACACCUGUGUCGUUCAAAGGUACGAAGGAGGAUCGUACGUGGUGAAACACCUGACCACCGUGGAGCUGUCUGUCAGAGCUGACUUCCCUACCCCCAACAUAACUGAGUCUGGAAAUCCAUCUGCUGACAUAAAGAGGAUUACCUGCUUUGCUUCCGGGGGUUUCCCAAAGCCUCGCCUCUCUUGGUUGGAAAAUGGAAGAGAAUUAAAUGGCAUCAAUACAACAAUUUCCCAGGAUCCUGAAUCUGAGCUGUACACCAUUAGUAGCCAACUAGACUUCAACACGACGUACGACCACUUCAUCGAUUGUUUCAUUGAGUAUGGAGAUGCUCACGUGUCACAGAACUUCACCUGGGAAAAACCCCCAGAAGACCCUCCUGAUGAAAAGCAAACAAUUCCGUUUGCCUGGGCAGGAUCUGAUGCAGUCAAAGCCAUCAUCAUCUUCUUCAUCGCCAUCACCGUCAUCGCCGUCAUCGCCGCCAUCGCCAUCAUCAUCUUCUGCAUCACUGUCAAAUUCCGUAAGCACAGACGCUGCUUCAGAAGAAGAAAUGAGGCAAGCAGAGAAACAAACAAGAACCUCUACAUAGGGCCUGUGGAAGCAGCAGCUGAACAGACUGUUUGAAGGUAUCACCUACAUUUGCAACUGACCUCUUCUGUAAACGUCUUUAGUUCUCUAGGUGAAGCCUCUCUGGUGGUUUUGAGAGGAAUGUAAUGACUACUACAGUAGUUCUGCUGAUUCUGAGCACUCCCUCCACUCCUCUUCCUCCUCCCCCCCCACCGUCCCCUCCUCUUGCUCCUCUCCCCCACUCUUCCUCUUCUUCUUCCUCCUCCUCCUCCUCCUCCCCCUCACACACACUCUGUGUGUUUUAAGAUAGGGUCUUACCCUGUUGCUCGAAGUAACCUAGAAGUCACUUUAUGGCAGAGGCAGGCUUCAAACGUGGGCCAAUCCUCCUGCACCAGUUUCCUGAGUGCCAGAGUUACAGGUGUGAGCUACUGCACUUAGCAGAACACUAGCUAUAUUGAUGAAGACACUGAGGUUCCAGAAGAGAACCAGAAUUAUGAAGGUGAGUCAGAACCCAGAUUUCCUGGCUUUACCAUGCUUAACCUUUAUCAGUUAGACCCCAAGCUCUGAGCUCAUAGACCAGUUAAUUUAAAAUGUUCUUAAUGAGCAAAGGCUUAGUUAGUGUGGGGCUCAGAAUAUUGCUUACCAGCAGUAUUUGACUAACAUCAAAUAUAUCAGUAUAAAUAUGUCAGUAGGUCUUUUAAGGCCUACUGGCCCUGGUACAAUUUGUAGGAAACAUGUUAGUAUGUAUACCCAUUUGAGGGUAAUAAAAACAUUGGUAAUUUUCAGCCAGAAUUUUUUCAUGUAUUUUCUUUUUUAUCCUCUCAUUUCAAGACUAAACAGAAUAAACCAAAAUUAAUUGCUUUUGACAUCUAAGAUGAAUGUAUGCCUUUCAUACUUCAAACCAAAAGUCAAGUUGGAGGCACAGUUCAUUACCUACUAGUUCAUAUUGGACUUGCAAUGUCUCUAGGCAACUUUGCCCUUUUACACAGUACUUGAUAUAGUUCUCAUUUAAAAUGAGAUUAUUUACUAAGUAAUAAUCUGUCCUCAUAUAAAUGGCCUAAGUGAUACUGGCCUUACACAGAACUUCCUCAGAUUCCUAGAAGUGGCUUUUGCUCUUUGGUAUAAGAUCUGCUGCAAUGGAACUGAAAAAACAAAAUGUAUGUUAGACACAGUAGUGCACACCUGUAGUUCCAGCCCUCAGAAUGCUGAGGCAGGAUUGAAUUCCAGGUAGCCUGGGCUGCAUAGUAAGACCCUGUCUGAAACCUACUUGCCUCUCUCCUUGUCCUCCAAAGAAAGGGAGAACAAGAAAUAGCCAACUGCUGCUUCUAUACUGAACGUCCUCUUUUCUCUGAAAUUGUAAUCCACAACCUACUAGGUCAGCAGUGGACUUAAGUCAAGACUAUCAGAUAUUCUUGUCUAAAAAUUUGGCCUUGGACAUCAAGAGGCAGCCAAAUUCCUCAAUGGGGCCAGAGUCUGUUGUACUGUCCAAGAGCCAGGUCCAUUUUUAUGUGGGUGCUCUCAGAAACAAAGAAGAAACAAAGCAACUAAAGAAACAAGGCAGUGGACUGACAAAAGGUCACAAGACACUGAAAGCCACACAGAAGAAAAGCAAGAGGGAGAGGACAGUUACUGCGUUUACUCAGACUUGAUGAUUAGGCUGACCAACAGACCUCAAAACAAAUCAGUGACAAGAAACGAUCACUCUCUGGGGAAUCUUAGGGAAGUAAGUUAUGUUAAAUUAUUGAUAACUACAUUUGAUAAAUGUUAGUUUUUUAGAAUUAUACUUUGGUUUUAUUACUUAGGUGUUUUUUUAUGGUAAAAUAAAAUUAUUUUUAAAAAGCAACUCUUUAGUUUUAUAAUUUUUAAAGAUUUUUGCCCAUGUUAUUAUCAAUAAAACAAUGAACAGAA